CCCAUGAUGAUUUCAUAUUAAGAUGAAUUAAAAUUCAUUUAAAAUUCAUAUAGUUUUUAUAUCCACUGUUUCUUAGCUCAACUUAUAUUUUAUCUCAAACUUACUUACCGGUAAACGCAUAAAUUUUAACCAUGUGGUUAUCACAACAAAUUUGUAUUCGAUUAAUAAAUAAUUGUCCAAUAAUUUUACGACAUUAUAGUUCUUCGAAAAUGAAUAAAAUUCAAAUGUGCCAUAAUAUAUUGACGAAACCGUACAAUAUUCAACGAAAUAAAUUUUUAAUUAUAACGCGAAAUUUAUCCUCAAAGAAAAAUACACAUACGUUAUCACAGGAACAAAAAAAUCGGCUAUCGAAAAAGAUUACCGAUUUAUUUAUCAAACAUCCAAUUCUUGUAAAUAGUUUUAUAUAUGGCACACUAUAUAUGGCAGCUGAAUUUUCACAACAAACGAUAAAUCGGAAAAUUAUGACAAACGGUAAACCUACAGCAUAUGAUCCGCACAUGAUCACAAGAUUCGGAGUAUUAGGUGGAGCUGUUUAUCCACAAAUUUAUUAUUUUUGGUAUAAAUGGUUGGACAGAAGUUUUAGUGGAAGAACAGGAAUAAUCAUAGUAAAAAAAUUGUUAUUAGAUCAAUUUGUACUUACCCCACCAUUAUUAGCGACGUUUUUCAUUGGUAUGAGCAUACUCGAAGGUAAAGAUGAUAUAUUUGAUGAAUUUAAUCAAAAAUUUUUCACAACAUUUCAAACAAGUUGCCUAUUUUGGUUGCCAGUGCAAACAAUGAAUUUUAUGUUUAUUCCACCACAUUUUCGUAUUGUAUACAUUGCGACAAGUGCGUUUAUGUGGGUGAAUAUUUUGUGCUAUAUCAAAAAUUUGGAUCUGGAUAGUGAUAAGAAUGAAGUGAAAAUUAAAAAUUCUCAUUAGCAAAGAAUUUUUAACAAAAUUCUUCUCAUAUUAUAUUCUUAAAACGAAACGAUUACUAUCAAACUUUAUAGAAAUUGUUUCUCGAUAGAAUUCAAUGAAUUUGAGGUAGUUUGCAGCUUCUUAGUAAGAAAUUAGGUAUUUUGAAAAAUCAUCCCACAUAGAAAAAUUGUAUUGGAUUUACAUUUUUUCUUCUCUAAUUCACUAUUUUGUAAAAAUGGUGAAUUAUAUCAAAUAUUUACCUAAAAUCAUGGUCCUAAAAAUAUUAGGGUCAGCCAGGAAAUCAAAGGCGUCUACUAGCGCUUUUUCAAAAAAUAAUAGGCCAUCAAAAUUGUUUAUGGGACAAUUAUUUGCCUAAAAUAUCAGAAUAUUCAAAUGUGUUUCUAACGACCAGAAAACUAUCUGUUAUUAAAAUGAUAAACAUAGAAGUCCGUUUAAAUAACUGCUCAUAGAACCUUUCUAGAAUAAUUGCCCAGUCUCUGAAUGAUCCUGAAUAUAUCUUAUUAGAAACAUCAUUAUAUCUAAAUGUUUUACAACCCCCUUGAUGUAAAAAGUAUUAAAGUAGGUCCAAAAUACAUCAAAUUUAAAGAAUUCGAUUAUGAGUGCCAAUUUGAAGGGUCUCAGUAUUAAAAGAA